GUGAUAGUAUUAUUUUAUGUCCUGAGCGACAUUAGUAGUGACUCAAUGCUUUAAUUCCCAAAGAAGAAGUUUAGAUGUAUUUAUUUUUAAAAGAGAGAAAUUGGAAUUAUCUUAGGCACCUUGUUGCCUCAAAAGAUUUAUGAUGAUGAAUUGGCAAGAUUUUAUCUUGGGACGAUCGAAGUAGCAGUAGUUAUUUCAAAUAAGCUCUUAUUUAUGAAGCAUUUAGGUAUUUCUGUAUACAUUACUGUAUACUGAAGUUUAUUUUUGAUUAAUGAAAAUGAUAAAUGAUUGUAGUUAUUAUAUAUAGUAGUUCCCUAUCUUUUUCUUUUUGUAAAAGUGAUAGGCUUGAAGUACGUCUUCAGUCAAUAGUGCCUUCUCUUUAAAAUCCCAGAAGUUCCUCUUUUAUUUAUGUGAUACACUUAUAGAAUUAGUAAUAUGAAGCCUCAUUCACUGAUAUGCUUCUUCAUUACUGCCGCGCUGUAUUCAGUAUGAAAACGUGUCAAGUGUAUUACAGUUGUGAGAAUGAAAAAUGUCCCUAUAUGAAUAGAGAUCAUUAAAACGUAGCUUCAGUUGAAAGUGAACAUUUACCAUGGAGAUCCAGAGCAAUAGCGAGCUCUUGAAGAGCGUUACCCGAAAGUUUACCCGCUUUUUCUCUCCGGACGAUGCCUUUGCAAGCAGUGAUGGAGAGGAAGUAGCAAACGCAGUGGGACAGACGGGAGGCCGUUAUGAGCUGGAAAUCAAGAGACUGAAGAAGUUAACGGAGAGACUUGAAGCAGAGAAGCAGCAUUAUCGUCGUCUGUAUGAGCGUCAGUUGGAAGAUUCCGAUAAUCGUACAAAGGGUGACAGCUUGUUGAGUCCCGGGGUUCUGUCAGCUGUAACCAAGUCCCUAGCCAAGAGAGUACCAAGCCUCAGUCCGUCGGCUCUCAGUACUCCAGAAAAGACAAGUGGUAACGCUUCGUCCACACCAGCAGCUGCUGGAUCUGGAAUUGAUGCUGAAAACUUGGAAGACAGUAUGAAAAGGAAAGACUUCUACCAAGCUAUGAAAAGGGCCCAAGAGGAUGCUGCUCUCUUGCGAUCCUUGGUGGAGCCACUGGAGGAGGAGAUUAAUGCUCUGAAGGAGAAGAUUCGUGCCCAGGAUGCUCAGCUCAGAGCCCACGAGGCGCAGCAAGCAGCUUCUUUGCAUACAGCUGAUGUUGUUGCACCUCUUCUGUCGGGCACCGACACAGCUCAGGUUGUGCAGCAGCUUGAUGAAAAGCUAAAAGGUGUGAGCAGCACUCUGGAGGCAGAGAAAGCAUCGCGAGCUGACCUGGAGCUUUACACUGCCAUCCUUAACACGCAGAAGACGGCUCUUACCGAUGAAGUUGAUAGGCUGAGGACCCAGCUUGGAGAACUUAGGCAGUCAUACGAAACGGAAAGGAGGCAGCACAGAGAUUUGAAGCACACGUGGCAGCGUGCAAACGACCAGUUCUUGGAGGCUCAGCGCCUACAUCUGGCAGACAUGAGAAGACUGCAGGCUGUUCUUACAUUUGAUCAGCAAAAGAAACUAGAGGAUUUGCAGCGAAGUGAAAAUGGUGGCAAUGUCUCCGAAACCAAGCCAGAGGUGAAGCCAUCAUCCCCACAUCUGUCCACCCACUCUCCAGCUUUCAUAAAACGUACUUCCUCCCCCCUGCUUGAAGUGGAGGAAGAAGAUGAUCGUGCAUCGGUUCUCCUUGACUUAGAGGAAGAGUCCAUUCCACCAACGUCCACCACACCCCAUCUUAGCAUCUAUGAACGUCCAGGUAGUCAGCAGAGUGAUGACCAGAGCAGUGAAGCAGAGCCCCAUACCGACCAGGUUGACUCGACAGAUGGAGGGCCUGGCGGUGCAACAGACAGUUUGGCCCCUAAUACCUCCUUAGCAGAAAGAUUCAGUCCUGACAAAAUGCCACAAUUAACAAGAGACCAACAAAAGGCUUUAGCAGAUAUGACUCCUGAUUCCGAAGGCGUUGCUCAGAGCGAACCUGUUGUGUCGCCUGAGGAUGACGAUUAUAUAGUUGUUGAUUUUUCUGGUGGAUCGGGGGCAGGGGUGAUUUCUGGAGGUGGGGGAGGAAGGCGUGUUGUCAGUGAGACCGAGUGGAACCUGCUUAAUGAAGAAAUCCGGAAAGCCAGACUGCGAAUGGGACGAUCUUGUCAGCUGUGUACUAAUUAUCAGACAAUGAUGCAGAAGGCUCAGAGUGACCACCGUGAAACGGAGAAAGAGAGGAUGAAGUUAGAAAAAGCUCUUGAGCGCUACAAAGAUGACCUCGAGCGUGAAGCGCGUUACAGGCACGUCAUGGAGGAGAAAUGGCAGAACAUGGCCGAAGAAUACGAAAAGAAGGUAGCGGGUGUUGCAAGCAUUGUGGAGGGUGCUACUAGUAAGCAUAAUGAGGUUGUUGCCAGAUUCAGGGCAACGGUCACCAACCUUCACGACCAGCUCAGAGCAUUGACUGAGAGAAGAGACGCAGCACAGCAAGAGUUGACUAGGUUGCAGAAGGAGAAUGAUGAAUUAGUCGGCAAGCACAGCCAACAUUCGCAGCAACUCCAAAAUGAGAUUAUUAAUUUACCAGAUAAUAUGGAGGACAUGCACCUUUUGCUUCUUCGGUAUCGAGAAGACAUCAUUGCAGCUAAAGUUUCGAAAGAGCAUCAAGAAGAAACUCUGAAAUCUCAAAUUCUUUUCUUGAAGGAUCAGGUUUUAGCUGAGCAGCAUGAGAAGAAUACUAUGGAGGAUAGAUUGUCAACUGAAAUAGACCAGCUAAGGGAGAAAGUUGCCACGCUUGAAAGUGUGGAGAGUCAGAUGAAAAUUGAACGGCGCAAUCGACUGGAAACCGACACCCAACUGAGGGAGAUGGAAAACAGACAGUCUGAAGCACAACUCAAGAGCCAGCAGAUAAUCUCUGCUCUAAAGACUCAAGUGGCAGAACAAACGCAAGCCAGGGCUCGUCUGGAAGCAGAGGUGGUUGAACUGCGAGGUCGGGUUUCAACGUUGCAACAUGAUCUUGACACCUCGGAAGCUGUGCAGCGAGACUUUGUCAGGCUAUCCCAGUCUUUGCAAGUUCAACUCGAAAAAAUACGUCAGUCAGACAAAGAGGUCCGAUGGCAACAUGAAGAAGAUCAGGAUGAGUGCAAUAGCUGUAGGCAGAGAUUCUCAGCUAUGGGGAGAAGAAAGCAUCACUGCCGACACUGUGGAAAAAUAUUCUGCAAUGAGUGCGUCAGCAAGACCGUGCCGAGUGGUCCAAAUCGACGCACGUCAAGAGUCUGUGACGUGUGUCACACUUUACUAGUACAAGAUGCUACUCCCUACUUCAGUUCUGAGCCUCCACAUUCACCCGACUAACCAAGUCCCUGCGGGGAAACAAGUUGAAGUAGAUUUUUAAACUCCAGAAUUUUAUUGGUAUCUGUUUUUAUUUAUUCGUUUUUAGGUGAUUUUACCAUCGGAUAAAUAUCGUCCCCCUGAGGGUACAUGGAUAUGCUCGGACGUACAUUUCAGCACUUUUCCAACUUAAUAUUUUCCAUAUAGUCUGUGGACUUUACAAGAGUGUGGUGUGUUUAGUUUCUUUGCAAUAAAAUUAGGUUUUUAACCAUAUGAUAUGAAACAAAUUCUGCCCAUUGCUUGUUUCUGAAAAGUCGUACCUCCCUGUCGAGUUGUCACCACAAUAUAGUGGUUGACAAAAUUAAUGUUCCUAGGAACACUGUUUAUGUAUCAAGAAAAUUGUUUUAGAGCGGCAUAUGUAAAUCUAAUGCUGAUGGCCAGGGGCACCAGGUAUUGUUAGAGAUAUAUAGUGUAAAACUUUUAAUUUAUACUUAUGGUAAAACAGGAGUGGUACCAUUACUGUGACUAAAACUAAAAAAUUUUCAUUUAACAGAUCUGUUGUUGUACAGUGUAGCAUCUUAAGUUGGUAUAUUGCAUCGUUGCUUUUGUUUUCUCUAGGCUAGUCGACCACCUCCGUGUACAAAGUGUACAUUUCUGUAGGUAAGAGUUUUGGAGUCAGACCUGUUCUUGUAGUUAUAAUUUGUAACCCCUUUUAAAAACCUCACUAGCCUAUAUGAAAAUAGACUUCUUUUAUUCACAUGUUUUAUGCAUUGUCAUUUAUGCUUACAAAUAGGGGUCCAGGUUUUGAAAAUGGUAUACCGCAAGGGCUGCUAUUUGUAAGCCUGUCUGAACAUAUUGCUGUCAUGCAGUCUUGGAAAUUUUAUAAUGUAUGCAUCUUGUGUGCUUUGCCAAUAUUGUAUUUAAUAACUGCUUUGGAGAUUAUAGUGGAUUUCCAACAUUUAAAAGUGAACGAUGUUGCUAUUCCAGCUAUAAUGACCGUAGAAACAUAUGAGGAAAAUUAGCAAUGAGUCUGAAGCUUUAUUGACAAAUCUAUUUGGGGUUUGCCAGUCCUCAGUCAAAGGAACAAGCAGAAUUGGUUUUAGAUGAAGUCUGGGAUAAGAGGCAAAGGCAUGUUUUUAUCAAGGAUCACUCAGUGUUGGGGUAUGUCACACCUCAGUACUGUACAAGGAGUUGCAGGCAGGAGAGGUUUUAAAGUCGUUUUUUGAUAACUUGAUCAUUUUAGGGUAUUGAGAAAGGAUUGCAUAGCACUUUGCAAGGAGCAGCAAUCAGAAAAGGUUUUAGAUAUUGUCUGGCAGUUUGAGAAAGAAGAUUGUCUGGAGAGGAUUACUCAGUAUUGGUUAGAAUUGUAUUUUAGACUGGAAUUGUAUUCUAGAUUGAAAAUGCUUCAUGUGCCAAAGGAUACAUUAGUAGUGAACUCUUUUCUUAGUGGAUUGGUGAAAGAAGUGUUGUGAGUCAAAUGAUGAUGCAUGGAGAAAUUGGUUUUUAUCUUUGGGUUACUGUUGACAGAAAUAAAAGUACUCGGUGAAACUAUUCAAAGUUUAUGUGUAACAUAUAAAUUUACGCCGUGUUUUAAAGUAAGGGUGACUGUGGCUGCCGUGGCUGGCAUUGUACAUUUACCAAAUACUAUUGUAUUUUUUUUCUUUAUCGUGCACCUUUUCCCUUUCACAUCUUGUAGAUCAAAUAAUAUAAUUGAUAUUAUAAUCUUUUAAAUUUGUUAUGUAUUGUGAUGUAUAUAAAUUGUAUGGUUUUGAUUUAAAGUCUUAGUAACAGACUCAGGUGUUUUAUGCAAAAUGAAAAGUUGUGUGACAGGAACAUAUAUACCGAAUUACAUAAAUACAUGUACAGUCUUACAUACAUAGUUAUACAUACACCAUGCUAGUAGCUUUAUGAGUGGAGGGUCAUUAUAUGAGUCUGUUAAAUAUUUAUAUGCACCAGGGAAAAUCAUUCCAAAUAUUAUAUGUAGAAAUGUGAUUGGCGAAAGAGAGAGAGAGAGAGAGAGUGAGAGAGAGGCAUACCAACCAUAUAUUUGAUACUAUGAUAAAUUGGUUCCUAGAUUUGUACAGUUACUGUUCAGUUUUUAUUUUUAGUCCCUUUCAUUUUGACUGCUGCUUCUGAAUUAGAUUUAAUUUAGGAGUCUCAUUAUCAUUUUAGUGCGUGUAUGGUCAUUCUGUCAUUUCUAAUUUUGAAUUACUUUUGAGUCAAGUUAGAAAACUUUCAUAUGAAGCCAUUUCAUUGAUUAAUAACUUUGUUUCAUAAUCCUUGUUUUAUCUCAUGUUUUAAUCCAAUAAAAACAAUAUUGUUGA